GGCAACAUCUGUCGGAAAGAGACCCCUGUUCGGUUGUGAGUAAUGGAGACGGCACGUUUCAGCGUUUCAAAUCUAUGUGAAGGCAUAUUCUUGGAUACCUACAGAAAAGUCUAAGAGAAGGAGUACCCGCAGGGUACCAGACAAGCCGCCUGGCAGAGAGGGCGGGGCUAGUUGCUAGGAAGCGGAUUUUUCCGCCAAUCAUCUUCCUGGCUCCCAGUGGGCGCGCCGCACCUCGCAGCGUCUGUGGUAACGCGAGCAGUAAAGAAAGAGAAAGCUGGAAGAGGAGUGAACAUGACAGCUGGUUCCGUGUGUGUUCCUCAGAUCAUCCCACUGCGAGUGCCUCAGCCUGGGAGAGCAAACCAUGAAAUUGAUAAUAACACUCUUUUGGAAAUGAAAUCAGACACCCCAGAUGUCAACAUAUAUUACACCUUGGAUGGCAGCAAACCUGAAUUUCUGAAGAAAAUUGGUUAUGGCGAGAAUAACACAUUGAAGUAUACAAAACCUAUUACCCUGCCCAAUGGGAAAAUACAAGUUAAAGCCAUUGCCGUGUCUAAAGACAGCAGGCAGAGUGGCAUUGUCACAAAGGUGUUCCAAGUGGACUGUGAGUCACCAAGCACAACCUCUUCUGAAGACAGAGCUGAAAGUGUCCCCAGAGGCUCUUCGAAGCAGGAAUUAAAACAUGGAUUUGUUGGACCAAAUGUGAGGAAGAAAUGUAAGAGUGCUGACAAUAAGUGUGGCUGGAAUGUCAUCCUGCGAAAGUUUCCAGACCUCAAGGUAGGUGAAAGAACCGACCCCAGAGCUCUGAAAGAUCUUCGCUUCCUAGAGAGCCCACGGGAAAUCCCAGCUCACGGUAAAGAAUCAGGCACUGGGCUGCCCACCUGCCUGUCCCAGUCUCCUGGAUUUGCACACAUACCGGCCCAAACGAGUUUGACAAGCACAGAGCUCAUGAGAAUCCAGAGGCAGACAGACUUUCUCAAGUGCCCUCACUGCCUGGGCCCCCGCCCCUCGGACCCCUUCGCACGCUUCUGUCCCGCGUGUGGUGCUCCUGUCCCGCCGGUGUUUGGCUGUCGUCUUCCGCCCCCGGAAGGAGGGCAGAUGGGCUCGUGCACAGAAUGUGGCAACGUGGUGCCCACAAACACCCCCAUCUGUGUGGUGUGCGAAGCUCCGCUGGCUCCCCAGCUGCGGCCGCAGGCCAGCCUGCACGGGAAGGCGAAGGUGAUCUGCCGCUCCUGUGGCACAGGGAACCCUGCUCACCUGCGAUACUGUGUCACCUGCGAGGGGGCCCUGCCUUCACCGCAAGAGCCCCUGCAUGGAGGAGAGAAAGCACCCCCUCUGCUGACCCAGAAAGGGGAGGCAGCUUGCUGCUGCAGCUGUGGCCACCACAACCUCCAGGAGGCGACCUUCUGUGACUGGUGUGGAAGCCUGGUUGGCCUUUCUGCCAGCUGCGCUGUAUGCCCUAAAUGUGGGGCCAACAAUCACCCAUCUGCUCGGUUCUGCACUUGUUGUGGCAUUUGUGUGGAUUCCAUGGCAAGAUGGAGUCGGGAUGGCAGCCUGGGGGUCCUCGCUGAGGAGCUGCACCCCCCUUCUCAGCCCCGAUCUGCGUGGCAGCCCCUAACCAUACCUCUGUCCAGCACUGACACCGGAGCAAAGAAGCACACGAGCACCCAGACCGUGGGCCUCUUCUACCCAUUCGGCAGGCAGCUGGCUGUGAGGGGGCCGGAACCGGAGGGACGUGGCCGGGGGCCCCCGCUCACAGCCAUCAGCCCAGGCAGAGGCUACUGGAGGAAACAGCUGGACCACAUAUCCGCUCACCUCCGGUCCUACGCUCAGAACAACCCUGAGUUCCGGGCCCUGAUCUCGGAGCCCAGGAUGGGCAAGCUUAUCUCUGCCACCGUCCAUGAAGAUGGCUGUGAAGUCAGCAUCAGGCUGAAUUAUAUUCAAGUCUCCAACAAGAACCUGCACCGCAGCAAAGCAGCCGACCUCAGCCACCACGUUCUCAGCAGUGUCACCGAGUGUGGUGAUGGCCUCUACGGCAGCACGUCCAGCUUGGUGAGUGACUGCAGCCAGAGUCCCUCGGAUGCCAUGGAGCAGCCCAAAAUAAGGAGGAACCGCCGGACCAGAAACUUCCAGAGAAGGAAAGAGGUGGUGCUGGUUCUGUGACCAAACAGUCGUCCUGGGGACCCAGGAGCAGAAUCUUCAGGAAGGUGACAUGUCCUGCUUUGUGGACUGCUUCCUUCAGUCUGCCAGCAUUUGAAAUCGCAUAGAAAAACUAUGUUUAAAGAUGAAUUUGUAGCCUCUUAAAAUUAAGAAAGGCAAAUUCUCCAGACUACUGGUCAUAAACAAGCGCGCUCCUUGCUGGGUGAGAGGCUGGUGCUAUGGCGCUCCCCACUCCUCAAGGAGUGCAUGUUCCAAGGGUCACGCACAGACGGGCCAUGAGCACCUUAGGGUUCACCCAGCUCUUUCUUUUUUUUUAAAUUUUAUUUAAGGAGAAAAAGAAAAAAAAGCAGAAGAAGGGUACAAGUUUACAGAAUUUCAGAAAAAAAUAAACAGUAGGAAAUCACUAGUUAAUGGAUUACAUAUUGUCAUCUUAGAAAUAUUUGAAGUUACAAAAUUAAAGCAUAUAAAGUGGACAUUCAGACAGUGAGACUGCAAACAGUUCUGUUCAACUGAGCCAACAAAACUCAGUAAUAUUGUCUAUCUUAUACACUUAAAUAUACAUGCAGUUAUAUCCUUUAGAGCACUUUCUUUUCCUCUCUUUUGUACAAUGACUAUUACACAUUUUGGGUUUUAUUACUCCCACAGUUCUUAUUACUUUUUUUGGAAGAGAGUAAAACCAAAUGUGACAUAACAGAACAGAGUCAGUCAAAUCAAAAGGGUGGACAUAAUAGAUAAUGUAAAAACAUAAUACAAGGUGAUCAACAAUGGUUACCAUAAUGCCUCUUGCUAUCUUAAAAAGAAUUGCCUAUAUCAUCAGUUAUAAUAAAAUUGAACAAAACAGUAAAGAAUGAAACCAACAAAACCAAAACAUUGGAGACAUUACAGGUCUUCAAAAGAAGAUAAUAGUCAACCAGAAUGGGCGUCAUAAUGAAUCCCACUAUCUUUAUAGCUGUUGCCUAAACUUUCAAACCUGGUACUAUCAAGCAAAACAGAAUAGAGGAACAUUAGUCAAAACAAGAUGGUGAGAGCAAUACAGGGCUUCAAAUCAAGUUAAUAGAAAAUGAAAGUGGGUUACUAUAAUAUAUCCUGCUAUUUUUUAUUUUUCCCUUAAUUAAAAGGAUAAAAAUUUAAAAAAUAAUAAAAUGGAGAUUGAGAUAAAAGAGGGCAUAACAACAAAACAGCGCAGGUCAAAACAUAACCAUUUAAGCAAAAUAGUGUUUCACCACAAGAUAAUCCCGACAUAAAAAUAGUUACCAUAUUGUCUCUUUCCUUGAAAUCUUUGAGUAUAACUUCAUAUACUGUAGCAUCAAACAUAUCAAGACAAUGUAAAACCAUUCAAGAGAAUGACAGUAUUACAGGGCAUUUAGAAUCAACUAACAGAAAAUGAACAAUGGUUUCUGUAUAAUUUCCUUGUCUAUAAAAGUUUUUGUUUAUACUAUCACAUAUAAUAAAAUCCAGUCAGAUACAACAUGUUAAGACCUAUGGAGACAGAAGAACAAAAGCUUGAUGGGACUUCAAAACAAAAUGAUAUUAAAUCAGCAUUACCUAUUAUGAUGUCGUUUUCUCCAAAAUAGCUGUUCCUACCAUCCAAUCUUCUCUGCCUCAUUUCUGUUGAGCUCUUUUUCUGUCAUUAGUUGUCAGUUUGUCUUCUUCAUUUUGUUUUCUGCUCCAUUCAUUGUGGCCUCUCUGCCACUAUUUCUGGAAUCGUGGUAUUUUUCUUUUUUAGAAUAUCCUGUAGUAUUCUCUGUAGAGUUGAAUUGGUGGUUGCAUAUUCCCCUAGUUCCUCUUUAUCCUGGAAGCACCUUGUUUUUUCCAUCAAUUUCCAGGGAUAGUUGUGCAGGAUAUAUCAAUCUUGGCUGGAGGUUAUUAUCUUUCAAAGCUUGAAUUAUUUCCCCCCACGCUCUUUGUGAUUUGAUGGUUUGUGCUGAGAAGUCUGCUGUAAUUCUGAUGUCACCCAGCUCUUUCCUAGCAGUGAGCCUGAUGGAGCCGGCAUAGGGCUCCUAGGUGUCUGAGAGGUUCCUCACAGCCUGCUUGUUCUUGGACACAGGACAGGGUCAGUGCAGGUCUGUGCCCAAGGCAGGGUUUUGGAGACCAAGGUUGAUGUUCAAUAUAGAUGUUUGUGCUGCUGGUCCUUGAAGACUAUGUACAUGCACACACACACAUAGGACAUGCAAGUGUUCACACACACACUCAUACACAGCACACACAGAUGUUCACACACAGCACAUGCAGGUGUUGACACACACACACACACACACACACACACACACACACACACUGCGGUCAGCACUGCACUCAGCUUGGAGAGGAAGCGUCCUCAGCCUGGGGCUCUAUGGUGCAGGGCCUUGGGAGUGACAGGGGGUGCGGGAUUUGUGCUCCUGCAGCCCAGAAGCAGACUCCUGCUGCGGGACAUGGAUGUGUCGGGGAGCAGAGGAGCCUCUGUGCUGAAACACCUGCUGGACCAGGUGAGCGGCACAGCAGAAGCCCUGUCCCCAGGGUGGACCCCUGCACCUCGGGCCACCCCACGAAUGGCUCACCCAAAGCUGAUUGUUACCUUUGGUGGUUCUUUUAGCAAAGAAAAUAGUGGCACAAGCACACAUGAGCCCAAGUACAGACGUGAGGCUGGACAGGGAGGGGGAGUCCCUGGUUCCUGAGCCCAUGUGACCUUCCGCCUGUUUCCCAAAAACCAAAAUGAUCAGGACGGUGCCCCUGCUGACUUGGGGAGCAGGGGUCUCCCUGCUCUGGGGCACUGGCAGCUAGGGGUAUCAUAAUAAUAAGGUUGGGUCUUGAGGUUCCUGGUUCUUCUCUCUUUGGUCUAAAGUCAACCUAAUUUCCUCUAUUUUUUUCCCUUCCCUCUCUUCCUCCCCUCUCUCCUCCCCCCACCCCAGUACUAGGGGUUGACCCAGAGGUCUUUGCACUGAAUUACUUCCCCAACCUUUUCUAAAUUGCCCAGGGCUAGGCUGGAAUUUGCUGUGCUCCUGCCUCAGCCUCCCAGAGCGCUAAUAUUAUAGGUGUGCACCAUCACACCUGGCUCUGUCACUUCAGAAUUUGUGUCACGCUUCCUAGGGCGGUGCUAGGAGAUGCUGUGGUCAGGGUUCUGUGCCAAGCUCCGCCUUCCCUGUGUGUCACAGGGCACAGACCCCAACCAGAGUGACAGCAAGGACCCGUCCACUGUGGUCAUGGCAGCUGUGAACAAGCACCAGGAAGCCAUUCGUGUUCUCAUGGGGAGAGGGCAGGAAGCUGGCCCAGAUCAGCAGGGGCUCUGAGUGGGAGGGGGCCGCUGGGUGCCAGGUGGCAGAGCUCUGGGCGCCAGGCCUGUGCUGCAGUGGACUCCGGUGCCCCCCUGCCCUGUCCAUCUGAACUUUGGGGCCAUCCUGAUCAGCUUCCUCCUUCAUUCUGGGCUUCGCGGUUCUAUUAUUCUAGUUGGGUAAAACAAAAUACUUAAAUUGGCCUACUGAGUGGCCUAGUUCAGUCACUUUUAUAAAUGGUAACACAUUUUGUUAGUUCACUAGAGAGACAGAAAAUAAACCUUCUGAGGUUUUUGUUUGUUUGUAGUGCUUAGAAUGCAAUCCAGAGAAUGCUAACUGCUGCAGAGAAAAUAAAGGGUGGCAGGAGGGCAGGGACCAAGGUUGGAAAGCACCACCACCAGCCUGACCCAGCUAGGGCGGGAAGCAGUCGGGACCAUGGCGCUCUCCACCAGCAACCUCUUUUCAUUUUGAUCCACAGUGAGGUUAUUUAUGAUGCAUCUGGCAGGAAGGCUUUUAAAAUUGUAUGUGUUGGGGCUGAGGAUUUAGCUCAGCGGCAUAAGCGCCUGCCUUGCAAGCAGUGGUCAUGAGUUCGAUCCCCGGUACCAAUAAAAAGGAAAAAGACAAAAAAAAAAAAAAAAUUAUCAUAAAAUUGUAUGUGUUUCCCGAAAACAAUUCAUACCUGUCAAAUAACUUUAAUUUUAUCAAAGUAAAGUGUGCACAUGAUUUAAAAAAAAAAAAACUCAAAUCCAGAGGGAGACAACCUUCCCGCCUUGGAGACUGCUGCGUGGCACAUGUACCCUUCCUGGGGAGCCAGUGACAACCGGCAUGUUUCUAUCACUGCUCACACACCUGACCCCACGCCAGGCUAGAUUGCUCAGGCAUCCUCAAUUUGCUUGCUGGUUUCCCUGGUCUUUUCUACCUUGUCCUGCUUCUGCAUUUUGACCAUCGCCUUUCAAUAGGAGCUCUCAGGUGCCUUGUGUGCAAAGGAAGGAUAGGAGCACUUUACUGUUAGCUUUGCUGACCAUUACCUCUGCCCCAUCCCACCUCACAACUUCUGGUUUGGUUUGGUUUGGUUUGAUUUGGCUGAGACAAGGUCUGACUGUGUGGUGCAGGCUGGCCGUGAACUCACAGCGAUCCUCCUGCCUCUGCCUCCCGAGUGCUGGGAUGACAGGUGUGUGCCAUGACAUCCAGCCCCACCUCACAGCUUCCACCAGCACACAUUUAACUUCUACAAAGCUGACCCAGUUGUCUCCACUCCUGUUAAUGUAAUAAACUUCUGUCCUUUGUCCACAGGCUGAUUGCAACAGUUCAAAAGCAACAAAGGAUAACUGCAUUGUAAUAGCUCCAAAAAUACUGUUCACUGCAAAACCAAGUAGUGUGCUGGGAUUUUUAUUUUCUUGGUGUAAGAUUGCUCCUGAUCCUUAGGCCAAAGUAGAAUUUUCCUAGCAGACAUGUCAAACAGAUUCGCCUUACACUCUACAAAUCAUUCAAACUCAUGUCAUGUUUCAUUUUCUUUCUCAAACCAUAAACAACUUGUGCAGGUUUUCUUUGAAACAUACAGUUCAGACCAGCCUUGAUCUUCCUAUAUAGGCCAGGCUGGCCUCCUGUGGCAAUUCUGCCUCGGCCUCUGGAGUGAUAGGAUUACAAACCUGCACAACACCAGGCUAUUUGUGCGGUUAUUUAGGUCUUUAAUUUUCCUGGAGUUUCUGAGUCCUUCCCUUCAACUACAGUGCAUCCACUAUUGCAUCUGUUUCUUUCUCUUUAAAUGUCUUUCUUUUUGAAAACUUUCUAUUUGGAGUACACAUUCGACACAGACAUGGUCUGGCAGCUUUUUACACUGACAUGGGAUUUCUUUCCAUUGGCAUUCAUCUCUUUCUUGGUUUUGACUCCUGUCAGGCGAAGUGACUUCAGUCACUUUUUCAGAAAGGAUGUGUAGGGCGCUGGAAGGCAGAGUGCUCGCCUAGCAUGGUGGAGCCUUGAGCUUGAUCCAGAGGGAGAAUAUAAAUUUCUGAGGUUUCUGUUUGCAGCACUGAGCUUUGCACCCAGCACUGCAUGCCCGCUCAGCUCUACCUAGAGCUGCAUCUCUGGCCCCGGCCUUCACUCUUGAUGAAUAAUGUGAAAUUGACAUUUGUGUUCAAAAUAAGUUUUCUUUGAGGCCUGGAAAGUCUUGCUGUAUGGAUUUCCAGCAUCCAUCUUAUGUCAUGAAAAUCUUGUUGCAAAUUCUUGCUCCUGUGUAGGCUGUUGUUUUUUUCCUGGAAGCAUUUCCCCUUGGCAGUUAAAUUUCCUGAGUGUGUUAUAGACACUGUGUUUUUUCCUUCACCCAGUAGGUCCUUCCAUCUGAAAAGUCAUGUCUGUCUUCAGCUCAGGACAGUUUUUUCCUGUUAUCCCUUUUGUAUUUUUUCUCUAGUCCACUCUUUCUGUUUUCUCCUCCUGGAGCUAUUAGUUGGUGGGGGAGGGGGGGCUUUGGACCGAUUCCUGAUGUCGUCUUUGUUUUUCUUUGCCCAGAUUUUUUAUCUUUUCUUCUGUUUUAAGAGAUUCUCCUAACUUUGCUGCUGAGCAGUUGUCAUUUCAGCAGCCUGUUUCCCCUUGCAUUCUGAUUGUCUCCUUUUUAUGUGCUCAUAUUUUGACAUUGGCUUAAAUCAUUCUGAGACCAAUUGGGGUUUUGUGUUUUUAAAAAGAUGUCCUGUGUUUGUUUAGCUUGCUUUUCUCUUUGAUGUUGCAGACUUUCCUGAGACAUCUGGGACCCUCUGUUUGCUCUGUUUCUACUGUGUCAGGAAGGGAAUGGGCUAAGGAUUAGGAGCUCUGUACCCUUGGGGAGCUCUGUGGGAGGCGAUGCUUGUGGGCUAGGAGGGUGACUCUGCUCUGCAGGGCGUUCCUGGGCCCUGAGCCCUCCCACGGCCCCUGAGGUUGUUCCAGGGAGCUGGCUCCUGAUGGGUUGUGCCUGUGAAUGUCCAGGUCACUGGGGCUUUUCAGAGCACCCUGAAAGCAUGGCCACAUUCAGUACACUUGGCUGGGGCUGGGCUGGGGAGCCAGAACCAGGAGAGGAGUCAGGCACUUGGAUCCCAAGCGAGCCCUCCAGGGCCUUCUCUUUGCCCAUUUCC